CUUCCUCACUCUCGAGGUGCCCCUGGCACCCAGGAAAGGUUGCAGCGACCACCCUGCACACACCGCCCGUCUUUCGCUAAACGUAGGCAAAAGCUGUAAUGAUGCUCCUCAACCCCAGGGUUCUCCCCACUUCUCCAGAGACCCCUUCUCGUGCUUUUCGGAUAACCCUGGAAUUUCUUCCACAACCGCCCCGCCCCCUCCACCCCUGCCACCACAGCCUCCUUUGCACCCAGGGAGAUGUUCUUUUCAGCCCUGUUCUCCACUCCUCGGAAGGCUCUACUGCCAAGAACCCAACCUUUCGGGUUCGUCCCCUCCAAGCCCUUGUUUGGACCGGUUCUGCCAUCUAGGAUCACCCCCUCCCCGUCAACAUCAGCGGAGCCCUUAUUGCACCUGGAUCAGUCCCCCGAGAACGCCACGUCUUUGUCCUCGAAACCCUUGUAAUGACCAGACUAAUUACGUCUGGUACUGUACUGGGUACCCUUCAGCCCUGGAAACCAGCCCGGUAACUUCCCCUGCCCUCACUCAUCUGCCACCAAGAACCAGCCCGGUGACCUCCCCUCGGCUCACUCGUGUGUCCUUGGAAACUGGCCCCAUGAUUUCACCUCCUCUCACCAAUGGGUCCCAGGGAACUUGCCCCAUGAUUUCACCUCCUUUUACUCACAGGCCCUUGGGAACUGGCAUCAUGAUUUCGCCUCCCCUUGCCCACAGGCCCAUGGAAACUAGUCCUGUAACCCUUUCUCACAGGGUUGUGGAAACUGGUCAGAUGAUCACCCCUGUACUUUCUCAGUGGUCCUUGAGGAGAAGUUACAAUGACCCUCCUCUUACCCUAGCAUCUUCUCCACCUGCUGGCAGCUUUUAUCUUAAGCCUCCAGAGUCCUGUGAACUGAAACCACAGUUUGACUUGCCCGUUGGGAAAAAUGACUGUGGCUCCUCACCUUCAUCUCAGCCAGGCUUGUCUGGCUCUUCUGUCUCCACUUCUUAUCACUACGCCCAUCUUUCCUCAGAGGCCAACACACUUGUCCCUGAGAGCCCUUACUAUGCCAUCUGCCUGGCCCCUGGGAGUGUUGGUCCUCCUUGCUCUCCCCAGUCUCAGGCUCCCAGGAAGCCUUGCUUUGAGUCCUUUCUGUCCUGUGAGACUGGUAGGAACUCUUACUUUGUCCUGUCCCCAGGUACCAAUAUUUCUGUUCCCCCCUGUCCCCAGGAACCACCUGUUCCCUGCUGUCCUCAUCCUACUCUCUCCUUCCCUUCACCCCCGGGCAACCAGUGUAUACCUCCACCCCAGUCACCUCCCCGUAGAAGCUAUAAUGAACCACCUCUCCCUACCCUAGAUCCCCCCAAAAUGAGGUCUCUCAAAUUCUUGGAGUUAAGACAGUCAUGUCCUCCCCACAAGUGUCACUCCCUAGUUAAUACUCUGCAGCACACCCCUCCUGGCCAGCGUAAACUCCCUAAGGCCAGCACCUCUCCUUCCUCUCCCUCCUGCCCCUCUCGCCUCUCUGGUCCUCCUUGUAUGGAGCCAUCCACCACAACUCCUUUAAAUUCCUGCCCUACAGAACUUCCCUCAGGGAUUGGGACUGUCUUACCCACUGUGGUCCCUAGAACCCUCCGCCUUCCUUGUGAUCCUGCCUUACCCAGUAGUUAUGCUCAGGGCCGCCCCCGUGGUCCUCUUAUGGGCCCCCUUUGCAAUACCCACGUAUACUCUGUAGUUCCCUCCACCCCCCAUCCCUGCACACUCUCUGGUUCCCUAAAUCAUUCCACAGGCCCUCCACAGUGUAAUAACCAGCCCAUGCUGCUGCCCUGUGGCACCUAUAGUACCCCUAGAGGCCCACCCCACCCCAAUUGCCAGCCUGUGGUGCCUCCUUGUUCUACCCACAUCUAUUCCUUUAUCCCUUUGAGAACACCCUUUGACCCUCAAAGUUUACCCAUUGUUCCCCGAGUCCGGACCUUCCCUGAUGCCAUCCCCUGUGGCCUCCAUGUCUACCCGGUGGCUUCUCGGGGCCCGCCUAAAGAGCCUCCUCGGGUCCCCUACAGCUGUCCUGCGCCUUCAUCCAAGAGUUCCAGCUGUAGCACGAAUCCCAGCUGUAGUUCAACUAUAAUUAUUAGUGAAUGCCGGAGUACUGACAGCCAGAGCCAGAGCAGUCCCCAAAGCAAAAGUCAGAGCCAAAGCAAGAGUCCCCAUAAUAGCAGAAAUCAGAGCAGUAGUUCUCACCAGAACAUAAGUCAAGGCCAGGUUGUGAGUCUCCAACUUAGCAGAAGACGGAACCAGAGCAAGAGUCCCCGAGAUGGCAAAAAGCAGGGCCAGAGUAGGAGUCCCCGGCGUGGCAGGGGCCAAAGCAAGAGUCCCCACAGUGACAGAAGUCAGGAUCAGAGCAACAAUCCUCACCGCAGCAAAAGUCAUGGUCGGAGCAAGAGUCCCCAUCGGAACAAGAAAUCCAGGCUGGAACAAAAGCCAUAAUAACAAGACUGCCAGCUGUAGCAAGCGUGCCAGGCUGCUACAGAACCCAAAUUCCCUGCCACUCACCUAGCUCUGCAGAAUUUUGACAUGACCUACAGUGUGCAGUUUGGGGAUUGUUGGCCAUCCAUCCGGGUCAGCCUUCUGUCAGAGCAGAAGUAUGGUGCACUGGUUAACAACUUUGCUGCUUGGGAUCAUGUAUGUGCUGAGUUGGAGCAACUGAAUGCCAGAGACUUUGUGAAUGAAGCCAUCACCCACUGGGAACUAGAACCUGAGAGUGGCCAAUCUGCAGCUCCAACACCAGCCUCCUGGGCCUGCAGUCCAAACCUUCGAUGUUUCACUUUUGCCAGAGGGGAUGUCAGCCGCUUCCCUCCUGCCAGGCUUGGCAGCCUGGGUGUCAUGGACUACUACCUGAUGGAUGCUGCCUCCUUGCUGCCUGUCCUGGCCCUCGGCCUACAGCCCGGAGACACUGUGCUUGACCUCUGUGCGGCCCCUGGGGGAAAGACACUGGCAUUGCUUCAGACUGGCUGUUGCCGCAAUCUUGCUGCGAAUGAUCUCUCCACUUCCCGAACAGGCAGACUCCAGAAGGUCCUUCACAGUUAUGUGCCUCAAAACAUCAGAGAUGGGAAUCAAGUUCGAGUCACCUCGUGGGAUGGCAGGAAGUGGGGAGAGCUGGAGGGGGACACCUAUGACCGGGUGCUGGUGGAUGUGCCCUGUACCACAGACCGCCACUCCCUUCAUGAGGAGGAGAACAACAUCUUUCAGCGGUCUAGGAAGAAGGAGCGACAGAUGUUGCCUGUACUGCAGGUGCAGCUUCUCGCAGCAGGACUCCUUGCCACCAAACCAGGAGGCCACGCCGUCUAUUCCACCUGCUCACUCUCACACUUGCAGAACGAGUACGUGGUGCAGGGCACCAUCGAGCUCCUGGCCAAUCAGUACAGCAUCGAGGUUCAGGUGGAAGACCUAACUCACUUCCGAAAGCUUUUCAAGGACACAUUUUGUUUUUUCCCAUCCUGCCAGGUUGGGGAGCUGGUAAUACCAAACCUUAUGGCCAAUUUUGGGCCUAUGUACUUCUGCAAAAUGCAUAGACUGACAUAGCAUCACCCUAUCCUUGAAGUUGGAAGACAAAGGGUGUCCUUUGUUGGAGGCAACAGAAACAGACUAGCAGCAGAGAUGCACUCUGGGUCCUGUCUUCAUACUGUUCGAGUCGUUUUGUAGACAGUUUUCAGCCGUAGGAAGUAGGGAUUUUUCUGUCCUGCUGUCCAACUGUGGCGCGUCAGCAGGUUUCUAACUUAUUUAUACCCCUUCCCCAUAAUCUCCAAGCCUGUGCUAAAGGUUCCUGCCCUCUGAAGGGCCUUAGAAGGAGGAGCCAGUGAGCAGCCCCAUACUUGAAGUUAUAAACUUGGGAAGGAGCAUUUAGCCAAUAAAAUGUUGAAGCUCUAGAGAGCCGGGCUAUAGUAGGGAGCUUCAUGUCACUCUAGGUACUUUGAGUUCCAUUUGCCCCAGCCGAAGCUGCUAAGCACUGACUCUGAGGUACCCAAAUGCCAAGACCUCAGCCUAGUUGGAGGCCUCUGGUUACAGAACCCCUCUCACACUCUUAAGGUGAGUUCUACCUCUCAGUCUUAAGCAGCUGAGAGGCUCAAACAAACCCACCUAGUUUCUCCAUAUGGCCUGUUAUCUAAUUUAAGGAACAAGUAACUAAAAAUGUUAAGCCGGUACAUAAUAAUCUGCUUACUUGCUCACGCUGAGAAAGCCUCCUAAGCUGAGUAAUUCCGGCCAUUCCUCCUGCUGUCAACGGCACGGCUGCCCAGAUGUAGCUGGGAGGCAGCUUCUGCCACAGGGCUGUCAUAUUCUGUUGUGUGUUUCUUCCUUUGUUCACUCAUCUAGCAAGUAUUCUUCGAGCUUCUGCAGACAGGCAGCUAGGGAGCCCUGGAGGUGUGGCAAUUGGGAUUAUGGAAGAUAAUCAUGGCUUCCCAUCCUCAGAAUGGCAACUCUUCUCCUGCUUCCUGGGGACCUGGGAAUCUCCUAGCAUGUUUUGCUAUAUUCCGGGCUUUUUGUUCUUGUUUCUAGCCGCAGGCUGAGCUCUGUGCCUGCUCCUUGGCCCACCCCUAAGCCCCUCCAAAUGCUUUCCCCAGCAUCACAGGGCUUUGCCUCAUAGGGUGUGUUUGGGGGCAGCAUCACAUCAGUCAUUCUAACUUUAGGUAAAAGAAGGUAGCCUGGGGACCAGCAGAUGGCGUAAUGGUUAUGUCAUUGGACUCCCACAUAGUUGACUGCGGUUCGAGUUCUGGACA